AUGAUCGGCCGCCUUCCAGUGUUCGACAAUCCCUAUCCAGUAUAUUCAAGAAGCAUUCAAGUAACUGGGAGUGGAACGAUGAGUCUUCCAGCGUUGUAUCUUCCAAAACCAGAUCAAUAUUGGAUCUGCGUCACUUAUCAGGACCAUUUACCAAUCGACUCGUUGAAAAGUAUCAAUUUACGUUGGACCAAUCCUAGUGACUCUGGAUAUUUUGAAGUCGAUACAAAUGUGGUUGAUGGUAGCGAGGACACUGAAACCUAUGCAAGUGAGUGGAACGAUUUCGGUGCGUCCAAUUACAACAUGACCCUGGAUUAUGAUUAUUUGGGUACGGUUGUGCAGAAUCUCCAGAUUCGGAUCUACAGUAAAACACCGCUCAACAACUGGCUACCAUACAUUGAUUGA